AUGGGCCCCUGUACCGCCUCCUCAUGCUGCUGCCAGGUCCAGAGUGUGUCAUGGGCCCCCCGUACCGACUCCUCAUGCUGCUGCCAGGCCCGUUAAUCUGUCAUGGGCCCCUGUACCCGCCUCCCCAUGCUGCUGCCAGGUCCAGAGUGUGUCAUGGGUCCCUGUACGGCCUCCCAUUGCUGCUUGCCAGGCCCGUAAUCUGCCAUGGGGCCCCGUACCGACUCCUCAUGCUGCUGCCCAGGCCCGUAAUCUGUCAUGGGCCCCUAUAUCCGCCUCCUCAUGCUGCUGCCAGGUCCAGAGUGUGUCAUGGGUCCCUGUACGGCCUCCCAUUGCCUGCUGUCUCCAUCGCCACACUCUGCCAUGUGCCACUUUCAGGUCUCCUCACACUGCUGGUGGUUUCCAUUUUUGUCAUAGGGUGCUGUAUGGCCUCCAUUGCUGCUGCCUUCCACCGCCACACUGUGGCUCCACACUCUGGUUUUGGCCCCGUGACUGCCCAAAUGAGUGAAGUGUGCGGUGAUUCUAAGAUCGACGCACUCAUCUGCAUGUCAUACUGACUGUCAGUAUUAUUUCUCUUCCCCAGCAGACUCCAAGGGCAUUUAAAUUAAAGGUACAGUGUUCUGCACUAAUAUAA